UAAUGAAACCAAGAAAAGUUUACAUAAGGAGACCCCCUCGGCCAUUUACAUAUGCCUCUUUGAUACGACAGGCUAUUGUAGAAUCUCCUAACCAUAACUUAACAUUAAGUGAAAUCUAUCGAUGGUUACACAAUGCAUAUUCAUAUAAACAGAUUGAUGAUAUAACCACAAUGAAGAACACCAAACAGCAACCAGAGCAGAAUGACCAUCUUUACCAAGUAUCACAAGAUGCUGCUGUAAAUUUUGAAGUUGAUGACUGUAAUGAAGAAUUAUCAAGAAAAGCUGGCCAACCAGAGGACAAUGAACAUCAUUACCAAGUAUCACAGGAUACUGCUCUUAACAUUAAUGUUGAUGGCUGCAAGGAAGUAUUACCUAGAAAAGCUGGUGAACCAGAGCCUGUACAAAAACUACAGAAUCUUGUGAACAAGUAA